CCCUCCCGCGCCUGGCGGGCCGCGCGGAGGCAGAGCCGCGCGCGGCAAGGAGGGCGGUGGUGCGCGCCGGCGGCUGCAGGCGCUCGGGACCCCGGCGCCCGCCGCCCGCCGCACACGUGCAGCCUCCGCCGCACGCGGAGCCCCCUCCCGGUCCCCCGGUCCCCCGAUCCGCAGCUUCGUCGCCUGCAGGCCGUCCGGCACCAUGCACUCGCCGGGCUCCACCGGCCCGGGCGACGCGCGCGCGGCUGACAUCAUGGACAUCUGUGAGUCCAUCCUGGAGAGGAAACGGCAUGACAGCGAGAGGUCCACAUGCAGCGUCCUGGAGCAGACAGACAUGGAGGCUGUGGAGGCUCUCGUCUGCAUGAGCUCUUGGGGGCAGAGGUCCCAGACGAGACCCCUCACGCCCGGCUCUGAUUCUGGUGACGUCACCAGCACCGUGCUUGUGGACACAGCUGCACCUGAUCUACCAAAGGACUUUCAUUCUUUCUCAACUCUGUGUAUAACUCCUCCUCAGAGCCCAGAGCUCAUGGAGCCAUCGACAGGGACCCCUGUUCCUUCCCAAGUAACUAAUUCCAAAGGAUGCAUGGUCACCGCCCUCCCCCCACCCCCCAAUGCGGCCACCGGGGCGCUGAGCAGGAGGGAGCCGCUGGAGCCAGCCUCAGGGUCCUGCAGGAUGACGAGUGUGAUCCGUCACACAGGGGAGAGUCCUGCCCCUCUGUGCUUUCCAGCUGCCCCAACUCAAGAGCAACAACCGCCCGGCAGCAGCGGAGAAGGACAAGGAGGGUUGCCGGGCCAUCGCGAAGCUUUGCAGGACACACGCUUGGCCGCUGGUUUACUUGUUACUAACUCAGCUUCCUGUCAGCCUUGCUUGCACAACCCUGCUGUCCCAUUCCCCACCUACAAAGACCAGCAGACAGGAUGGCCGGCUGCCAUUCAGACCUGCUCACCAAAGAAUUCUGAAAGCGACUUGUCAAGGAAAACCACCCCUCUGAUUUCUGUCCCUGUCUCCAGUCCCCCGGUCCUUUGCCAAAUGAUCCCCGUGGCUGGACAGAGUGGCAUGUUCUCAGCUUUUUUGAAGCCUCCUCCCCAGUUGUCGGCAGGGAUUGUCAAGGCCGUCCUGCCCCCAGCUGCUCCGGUGACCCAGCCUGUGUUCACGGGCCCGUCUAUGCCUCAGGGAGCUCUGAUGCUGGUCUUACCACCGGGUACCUUUCCCCAGCCUGCUACCUGCCCACCCGGUGUCGUGGCCAUCGGGAAUACCAAACUGUUGCCCCUCGCCCCUGCACCGAUGUUCAUCGCCUCCAGCCAGAACUCGGCCCCUCAGGUAGACUUUUCCCGAAGGAGGAACUAUGUUUGCAAUUUCCCGGGUUGCCGGAAGACCUACUUCAAAAGUUCCCACCUGAAGGCUCAUCUUCGUACCCACACAGGGGAGAAGCCCUUUACCUGCAGCUGGGACGGCUGUGACAAGAAGUUCGCCAGGUCGGAUGAACUGUCUCGCCACCGCAGAACUCACACGGGGGAGAAGAAGUUCGUGUGUCCUGUGUGUGACCGUCGCUUCAUGCGGAGCGACCACCUGACAAAGCAUGCCCGGCGCCACAUGACGACCAAGAAGAUCCCUGGCUGGCAGGCAGAGGUGGGCAAACUGAACAGAAUCACCUUGGCAGAGAGCUCCGGGAGCAUCCUCGAACCCUUGCCGGCCUCGGGCUGAGAGGUUCUGCGGUGCCCGUCACCCAUGGGCCUCUUCUACUGCUUCUUCAGGAAUGGGGAAUGGGACCCGUGUGUUCCUCCCCAAAAAACAAAACAAACAAACAAACAAAAACAUGGUCUCUGGGCUGUCGAAGUGGGGAGCUGGUUCUGAUGGAAGUACAUUAACUUUCCUUUUCUGGUUGGGACCCUGUUCAGUAUCUCUUGUAGUUUCAGUUCUCUCUCUCUCUCUCUCUCUCUGUUUCUGUCUCUCUCUCUCUCU